UGUCGAGUCGGAUGAAGUGGUGGUCAGGAGGUUGGAGGAGCAACAGCAGCAGCAGCAACAACAACAACAACAACAGCAGCAGCAGCAACAGUUACAAUUAAAAUUAGUUGGGGAAGCAGCGGCUGCUGCAACAACAACAACAACAGCUACAGGGCAGAGGAGGGAGCAGGAACAGCAGGCGGAUGUGGAUGAUGUGGAAAUGGAAAUGGAUGUGGAGAAUGAGGGGGAGCAGGAGCAACAGGCAGCAGCAACAACAACAGCAACAGCAGCAGUUGAUGACAACGUUACCGAAUUAGAGCAACAGCAACAACAACAACUGGCAGACAAUUCAUAUGAAGACAUGGAAUUAGAUAUGGAAGUAGAAGUGGAGGUGUCAGCUGCUGGUGUUAAUAAACAGUUGGUAGAUCCUUUUAAUGAGGACGACGAUGACGUGGAUGAUGAUGUUGAUGGUGUGGAUGAUGCAGAGGAGGAGGAGGAGGAGGAGGAUAAUGAAGAUGAUGAUGAUGCCACAAUUGUGGAGGACAGCGAUGCAACCAGUUGUAGCAGCUGCCGACGCGCCGAUUUGGAGGAGGCAGAAUAUCAACAACAACAACAACAACAGCAGCAACAAGAACAACAACAGCAGAACAACAACAGCAACAGCAACAACAACAACAAAAACAGCUAAAAUCUAAUGACGACUCUUGGACAUGUGUGAAAACUUAAAUGGAAAAUAAGUCCAGUUCGGCAAUGACACCUCAAUGCCGUUUUGGAAUUUGAUGAAUGACUGAAUGAGAAAGGAUUGUUAAGCUUUUAGCUGCAAACUAGAAUUGACGUGCAAAAAA